AUGCGUAUCUACUUUCAAGCUAUUUCAUGUAACGCUCUGCCGUUGCUGUUGCUCGUCUUCUUUGUAAAUAUUUAUAUUACAAAAGCAACAACAUCGGUAUUUUCGUUUAAUGAUUAUACUGACAAUUAUGCUAGACAAGCUGAAGAAUAUAUCGUAACUUCAAAACCAAUCGAUGGAAUUAAACGUUCGAAUGUAUGCGGUGAUGGCCAUCGUAUUGACGGCGCUGUCCUUAAAUCAUAUCCAUAUUCUAAACAUGACACGUAUCUACCUUAUGAAAACUGCUUAAUGACAUUUCAGGCUCGGCGACCAAACAAUCACAUUCGUAUACAUAUCGUGGCACUAGAUCUCAAUGAUAUUCAUGGUGGUACCGAUUGUUUAGAUUCACUUCGCUUUUAUAAAUCAUUUCAUGUAGCACGACAAGAGAAACUUGACUCGAUUGAAUGCGGACAAAUCAACGAGGCAGAAAAAUUCAAUAUGGUUUCGCCUACAGGCAUUGUUACUGUUCAUUUCAGUACCGACGGUGGAAAUGUGAAUGGACUCGGAUUUAAAGUAAUUCUUACUACUUUUCGUCCUCCGAACAAAACACAUCCAUGUGAUCAAUAUGAUGAUGAAUUUCUUUGUGGCAAUGGCGAUUGCAUUAGUAAUACACUGUUAUGUGAUGGUGUUGCUCAUUGUUUAGAUGGGUCAGACGAAACACCAAAUGAAUCAUGUGUUUCCAAUGUGGAUGGAUCAAAACUCAAUCGUAAUAUCGAUACAAAACGUCGUGCUUUGAUAGCUAAACAUCAUCACUGGCGUGGAAUAUUAAUCAUUGCUUUUCUACUUAUUAUAUUUAUUGUAUUUGUACUUUUUUUCGUAUAUUUUAUUUGUCGUCAUUGUGUUGAUCCAUCGAUUCCGUUAACUAAUGAAAAUACUGAUCGUCGAAGAAAAAACUAUAAAACUAUUGUUCAUACACCUUUAAAUGGACCAAAACAGUCACCAUCGACUCAAAUCAUUAAACAGAAUGACAAAAAUCGAAAAUAUCUCGAUGAUGAUUACAAUCUGAUCUAA